ACUUCUCGCAAACAAGAUCCAUUCUUUCUGAAAUUAAUAGUUCUGAACAUCUGCUUCAACUAUGGCCUUUCGUCGCUUCUCGUCCUUUAUCUUUCCACUUGUUUGUCUCACUCUCUCAGUGAUUAGCAGCAGCGGAGAUGGAGCGCGCCAGCUCCUGGAGACAAAACUGCCUGAGAUACCUCAACUCCCAAAGCCUGAAAUACCUGAGCUUCCACCAUUGCCUAAAGUUGAACUUCCACCAUUACCUCAUAUUCCAACUCUGCCUGAAUUUCCAAAGCCUGAAGUUCCAAAAAUACCAGAGGUGCCUCCUUUUCCCCAUCUGCCUGAGUUGCCUAAACCUACACUUCCUGAAAUUCCACCUCUUCCCAAGGUACCCUCUCUUGACCAUCCUUGAAUCCUUCUUCAAUGGAAUUGAACUCUUGGAUAUGCAAUACGUAGACCACGUCGUGUGAGAUUCGUCUUGUGUCUAUAUAUUGUCCAGCGAGUACUUAAUAUGUGAUUCAUGUUGUUGAGAUUAAUAUUGUAUCAGUGUUUCUGUUGGAGUGUGUAUUUGUAUCUUCAAUUAUGGUUAUUGAAGUUACUAUAGAUAUGCAAAUGAUUAUUCGUCGA